CUGGAGGAAUGUUUCGCUCCGCGUGGGGUCUACGCUGCUGCGCGUAGCCACUCUCAGACGCUCUCGGCGCAGGCACCGUCGCUCCUGCGACCACAGCGGCAAGACACCGUUUGGGGGGGUGGGGGGACAGGAGGAGACACGAGGAGAUAGACCCACGGAGACCCGAGGAGACACGAGGAGAUAGACCCACGGAGACGCAAGGAGACAGGACAACGACGGAGACAGGCGGACAGAGGCGAGAGGCAGAAGGAGAGGCGAGCACUGCGCUUCCGUGCAGGCGAAGCAGCGGUCGGGUGGGGGCGGUGCCGGCGGCGGCGCCGGCGUGCGGCGCCGUGACCGCUUGCGGGACGCCCGGCGCGAGGCCAUGGGCGACGUUCGGGACGGGGCCCCCGGGGCAGACGGCGCGGGCAGCGAGCCGGCGAGGGCGACCCCGAGCCCGCGUGCGACGACGGCGAAGCCUCGCGGCAAACUCCUGCCCCUCAAGGUGGUCUUCCUCGACGACUCCGAGAAGACGUUCGAGGUGUCGCGCAAAGCCAACGGCCAGGCCCUGCUCAACGCGACGUACAGCCACCUCAACCUCUCCGAGUGCGACUACUUCAGCCUCGAGUUUGUCGACCGCACCGGCAGCCUAGUCUGGCUCGACCCGCUGAAGACGGUCGUGAAGCAAGUCAAGAAGCCCAAGAACACCACCUUCAAGUUCGCCGUGAAGUUCUUCCCUCCGGAGCCCGGCCAGCUGCACGAAGAGCUCACCAAGUACCUCUUCACCCUCCAGAUCCGCCGGGACCUGCUAACCGAGCAGCUGGUGUGCAGCGACAACGCAGCUGCUGCCAUCGCCUCCUACUUCCUGCAGGCUGAAGUGGGCGACUGCGAUGAGUCCGUGGGGCGGCAGCACCUGGAGCAGAACAAGUUCCUCCCCACCCAGGAGACCUUGGCUCCCAGAAUCCUGCAGCUUCACAGGGACCACUCCAGGGGCCAGUCGCCGGCGGAGGCCGACUCUCAGCUGCUGGAGAUCGCGCGCCGCCUCGACACGUACGGCGUGCGGCUGCACCCGGCCGUGGACAAGGAGGGCUCGAGCAUCAACCUCGCGGUCACCCACUCUGGCGUCUCCGUCUUCCAGAGCGCCACCAGGAUCAACGCCUUCAACUGGGGCAAGAUCCGCAAGCUGAGCUUCAAGAGGAAACGCUUCCUCAUCAAGUUCCAUCCGGACUGCGAGGGUAAGUACCGCGACACGCUCGAGUUCAUCAUGAAGAGCCGCGACGCCUCCAAGCUCUUCUGGAAGAACAGCGUGGAGUACCACGCGUUCUUCCGCCUCCUCGAGCAGCCCCCGCUCAAGCCCAAGCCCGUCCUCUUCAGUCGCGGCUCCUCCUUCCGCUACAGCGGGAGGACCCAGCGGCAGCUGGAGGACACCGUGAGGAGCAGCGUCAGCAAGGGCAGCAUCGCAUUCGAGAGGAGGAGCAGUCGCCCCCGCGCCUCCCCGAGAAGCCCAGGACUCAAGGCUGCCUCCCAGCUGACCAAGACACCCAGCACGCAGCUGCAGGGUGGCGGUGCCGCCGCUCGGCUUGGCGAGGAGGAGGAGGUGCUCGCGUGCGCGUCCUGGGCCGUCGUCGCAAGCGAGGUGGACGGCGCGAGGCCGGAUACCUCGGGGGGCUCCACGCCGCACGCACAGCGCGCCGCCGAGCCGUCCGGAGAGCACCAGGGGCUUGCGCAGCAGCACGCGGCCGCUCGGGAGGUGGGGGUCCCGCAGCCGGCGAAGGGGCCGGUGAGGUCGCCGGGGGGGGGCACGUUCCCUCCGGAGCUGUCGUCUCCGCUGCUGAGCCCGGACUCGGUGACGAGCAAGAACGAGGAGGAUGAGGAUGCGACGAGGAAGCGGUACCCGGCGGACAAGGCGUACUUUGUGGCCAAGGAGGUUUGCACCACGGAGCGCACGCACCUCAAGGACCUGGAGGUGGUGACGGUGUGGUUCCGCAGUUUCCUGGGCAAGGACGGCCUGGUCAUGGAGAGAGUCCCCUCCAUGCUCUUCGCCAACAUGGACCCCCUCUACGAGUUCCACCGCGGCUUCCUCAAGGAGGUGGAGCAGAGGCUCACGCUCUGGGAGGGCCGGUCGAAUGCUCACCUCAAGGGCGACCACCAGCGGAUCGGAGACAUCAUGCUGAAGAACAUGAAUCUGCUCAAGCAGUGCAUGGGGCAACUGCGGCAGCACGAGGCGGUGCUGGCCGAGCUGCAGGUGGAGCUCGCCACCUCCGAGCCGCUCGCCGAGUCCUGCCGCGCGUUCGAGCUGCAGAGGGUGUGCUACCUGCCGCUGGCCGCCUUCCUGCUGCGGCCCCUGCAGCGGCCCCUGCACUACCGCCUGGUGCUGGAGCGGCUGUGCAAGCACUACUCGCCGGCGCACCCUGACUUCAAGGACUGCCGCGCGGCCUUGGCGGAGGUGAACGAGGUGACGAAUCAGCUGCACGCGAGCCUCAUCCGCCUGGAGAACCUGCAGAAGCUGAGCGAGCUGCAGCGCGACCUCGUGGGGCUCGACAACCUCGCGUCGCCCGACCGGGAGUUUGUCCGCGAGGGCUGCCUCAACAAGCUCACGAGGAAGGGCCUGCAGCAGAGGAUGUUCUUCCUGUUCUCGGACCUCCUCAUCUACACGAGCAGGGCGCCCACCUGCACCAACCAGUUCAAGGUUCACGGGCGGCUGCCUCUCAUCGCCAUGAAGGUGAGGGAGAGCGAGCAGGAGUUUGGCGUUCCGUACUGCUUCACCAUCUCCACACCGCACAAGAGCAUUGUCGUGGCAGCCAGCUCCCGUGUGGAGUUGGACAAGUGGAUGGAGGACAUCGCCCUGGCCAUCGAGCUCAUGAAGAAGUCCAACACUCACCCCAGCUCCCCGCUCGAGAACGGGUUCAGCGACAAGUUCAACCGUUCGUCGGAUGAGCUGUCGCUGGAGCCGGAGUCGGAGGAGGAUCUGAAUCCGCCUCCGGGCUCGCCGGACCGUCAGGCUGCGGGGCACCGCGCGAACACGACGAUGCAGGUCUGCUGGCACCGUAACACCAGCAUCUCCAUGCUGGACCUGAACCGCGCCGUCGAGAACCAGCUGUCGGGGUACCUGCUGCGCAAGUUCAAGAACAGCAGCGGCUGGCAGAAGCUGUGGGUCGUCUUCACCAACUUCUGCCUCUUCUUCUACAAAACCCACCAGGAUGACUUCCCUCUGGCCAGCCUGCCCCUGCUGGGCUAUUCCAUCACAGUCCCGACGGAGGCUGACGCCAUUCAGAAGGACUACGUGUUCAAGCUGCAGUUCAAGUCCCACAUCUACUUCUUCCGUGCCGAGAGCGAGUACACCUUCGACCGGUGGAUGGAGGUGAUCCGCAGUGCCACCAGCUCAGCGGGACGGACGCGUCUGCUCAGCCGCAAGGAUUCACGCCCCGUGUAGCGUGGGGGGCAGCAUCACAGGGAGCCUGGGUGCCACCAGCACCUGUAGGCCCCGAGGCCCAUCGCCUGCCAUGAAUAGCACGGGCACCACCACCACAACGAACGGCCUUGAUCACACUACCACGUACAGCCUAGGUGCCACCAGCACGUACAGGCUGAGACCCACCACCACCACCACGUACAGCCUUGUUCCCACCACCACAAUCAGACUAGGUUCCACCAUCACCCUGUAGAGCCUGGGUUCGACCACCACAAAUGGGCUGCUAUGCACCACAAUGUACAGACUGGGUCCCACCACCCACAGCUUGGGGUCCCACCACAAUUGAGCCAUCACUGUGUCUGCAGCGGAAGAACGAGGGGCCUGCGUCCUCACACUGCCGAUUCCCAGAUGCCCAGAUGCGGCUGCAUCGGGCACCUUGUGGCUCCAGUUCAGGUCGGUCGCGAUGAGCUUCGGGCUCAGGAUUUUGUAAUUGCAGGUGGCACGCCGGGCAGGGUGAUUAAUCGGCUGUGGUCAUACCAGUUUUCCCCGGAGGCUGCGUGGAGUUUUCUUGGUUGGGAAAACCUGAAGCGGAGCUCACCGAUACCGGAACUGGGGCCGCAUCACGCCGCCGUGCCACUACGAGAGACGAGUUCAAAAAAAGUGCAUAACAGUAUGUGCCUCUGUGCAAAAAGUCACUCGAGAACGUUGUUUUGUAAUCUUCUUUUUUGUCUUUUUGAUGAUUUGUACGAUUUCUAUUUUGGUGCCCGUAGUAUUGGGGGGGGGGCACUGGUAAAGGUAGUGUUAGUUGCGUAGACCGGUAACGCCUUGUACAGUGGUCGUUACCGUUAGAUGCGUAAGGGUUAAUCAAAAAAUGCCUACGACGCGCAUUUUUAAACUCGCUCCACUUAUCGAUAACAAGGAAUAACGUUCCUUUGGCGACACUGCGAGAGUGAAAUUUGUUUCCGAUUUACUUUAUUUACUUUGGUGUUUUGUAUGCUGCUGUGAAGGAGUUGGGGGGAGGGUGAUUUCCGGUAGCGUUUUUUUUCCCUGCCGGUGCACGCUUGUGACAUCCAGGAGCGUGGCAGCAUGGGCCCUGACGCGGCUUCCUUAGCUUCACAAAGCGAGGAGCAACCGUAAGAGUUAAUUCGUUUAUGUUUCGUUGAGUUUCGCCGGGGUGAAAAUGGGCGCAAGCUGUUAAAAAGACGGCGCGAUGAGACUUUUUAAAUGUGAUCACUGAGCCAGCACCCUUGAGACCCUGAAUUUAACUCAUAGGCCUUCGUGACCAAUGUUUUGAUUCGUAAUUGAUUUAUUCCCGCAGCUAUAUGACCCAUAAAUCAAUGAUGUACUGUCAAAAUCCGAGUGGCCACGUGCGAUUAGUUUCAUCUUCUCAACCCCGGGCGUGAUCGAUUACACUAACACGUUAUUUUAAAUUCUCAUUCAGAAAAUUUGGUUUCCAAUGAAUAUGGCCAACCCCAACUUUGAGGGCUAAAACAGACAUUGGACGACUGACACAUUGCGUGACAGAGCGCGCCGUCCAGCGUCGUCGGGCGAGGGAGACCUCGAACUGAAGCGACCUUGGAGAGUUUCUCCUCGGUUCCCUCCACGACGCUGAGGCUCGGUCGACAGUAGGAGAGCCACUGCAGUAAUCGUCCGUCUGGCCAUGCUACCACGGUAGUGCUAACGGGGGAAUGUGUCUCUCCUCACCAUGUCCGACGUUUCGCUGCCCGUUGCUGGGAGCUUCUGCUGGACGAGAGUGGGGACAAAAACCUCGGCAGGGGGGCAGGGAUAUCAUUGGUGGGCGAUAAAAUCCGACGGAGAGUUCACUACGGGGAUGGGGCCGGGCGCGAUCGCUCGCUUGUGCGACGCGAGGCGAUCCGAGUCUUGCGUGCCGCCGAGACGGAGUGCGUGCGGCGACGGCAGCAUGGACAUCGACGCCAGCCAGUGCCUCGCCAACCGUAAACUACUGAAUGUCUGCGAGGAAGUAUUCUGCAACGACGCGCAUUUUGAAUCGCUCCUUUUUGCAGUAACAGUAUUAAUGCGCGUGUGCAACGAUGGUGCACGGGGUCAGCCGACAUCCCGACUCGCCCAGUCUGUGCGCCACACCACGGCCGCCUGGGUCACGUGGUUUGUUGGGGGCUGCCCAACGCUGCGUCAAGUAAGUAAAUCGACUUUUGGGGGGAGGGGUGGGGAUGGAACCCCCACGUCGCCAACCAAACGUGCCAGGCGCAUCGACAGCGCGGAAGUGCUUGGCCAAGUAAAGGCUCGGUGAGUCUCGAGACAAAUGUUUCUGGAGGUGCCUUGCUUCGAGGGAUGUCUGACCAAGUUCCCCGAACGAGGGAGGCUCGUGGGAGGGAAAAUCAGAGAUAGCGGAGGUAGACCCACAAUGGUGCAGCGAGAUGGGUUCACGAAGCCCCCCCCCCCCCCCCCCAUACCAACAUCUCCUGGCCACCUCGUAGACCAGUGGCUUUGGGAAUCUCACUCGCAUGUCGCAACGUGAUCCAUCAACCCUCGCUUGCUUCCAAAGCACCGGAUUACAGACCUGUUCCUCGCCCCUUCAUCCAGCGAAAAAACACCUUAAGAGAAUCGAAUCGAAUCACGAUUAUAAUUUGGACUCUGGCAAACUGUAGAUUCUAAUCCUAAUCAAACCGCGACUCCCCCCUGCAGUAAUUUUUCAUGAUUUAUUGACCGCAUUCUAAAUAAACACCUGAUCCUCGCUGAUCAGCGCAUGGCCCGAUAUCUAUCCAAUAUUGAUUACAUCUCGUUCGUAUUGAACAUUCUCGGUUUGUUUUACCCGUUCUUGUCUCUCGGUACCCGGAUGGAGCUGUUACACGGAAUAACCGCCGGUUUUUUUUGUAACAUUUUAGCGAAUCAGCUUUUACACAGCUUUUAAGUAGCACGUAAGGUUUAUUGUGUUUGUUUUUGAGUCGUGGAAGUCUGUGUGCGCACCUGUGUGUGUGUGUGCGCGCGCGCCUACACUUUAGCCGAAAGUAAAAUUUUGCAAAUUCCACACACUUAGGAUUAUAUUCGUAACCCACCAAAGAGUUUGGGUGUAGAUACCUCACAAAACAAUCAAACGCAUCAUUUGUACCGAUCUUGUAUGGGAGAACUUAACACUGUUAGCAAGGUUAGACGCAAGUGGUGGGAAGAAAUCUGUAUUUUCAGUCGGCGUUUUCGUGUUUUAUUUUAUAAGAAGUAGUUACGCAACGGUACAUGAAGGCAACAGCUCCUGUUUAUAUGAACGGCUUUGCUUUACAUUACAAUAAAGAGUUGAGACGGAG